AUGACACGGAAUGCGCCACUCCUGGAAGACCUCUUCUGGGCUGGACCACGAAUUUUCAUGAAGCUUGGAUCCUACAUAACCUUCUCGGACCAAGCGGGUGGUACAGCAGACCGACUAGCAUCACCAUUGGGUGCUGGCAUGCCAUCGGACGGCUCGCAGCCGUCCUGGUACAAUCUUCUAGAGCCUAACCCUAGUUUUGCUUCAGCGACGAGGAUAAGUGUUCCUAUUGGGGAUUCAAAUGUCGACACACCGGCUACACGACUGUCUCUCGAUAGUGCGCGAGGUUUGGGCAGCGUAUUUGGUUAUGCAACUAGCAAGUGGGCUGUCUCGACUAUCGCCAUGGCUAUCAUUCUGAACCGCACACAUAUUUUCGCGGCUACUCGGAGGAGAUUGCGAUUUCAAUGGCAUACCAGGUUACUGGUUCGAAGCUUGCCUAUUAUUCUUCUCGCCUUCCAAUCGCUUCAUCUGCUUCAUUCCAUCCAAUGUCAGACUUCGCCAAAUUUCAAUCAACUUCGUUGGGGUCUUGCGAAUAAGACAUCAGACUUGGUAUUUGCGCAUCCCAGUGCGUUCUUAAACACCCUGAGUUCCAGUUUACUUUUCGGCAUGAGUGACAGAGAGUCAUGCGAGGCUACCAACAUGAUUCCGAAGCUCAAUAGUUCCAACAUACAAAAUCUUCGUGGCUCCUUGAGUUUAUUAUGGCCAUUGUUCGGUGUUUUAUGUCUGAGUCACUUUAUAGAGACGCUUUCGUGUGCUGUUCAAGGUCGUCCACUUUGCGCCGAAACUGGAAUGACACUCUUUGAACAAUCACUUGCGUUUGCAGAAGCCGAUGCCGCUGUCAAUAACCAACUGGGCUGGGCAUCUUUGCCUCGCAAGAGUCAAAACUUAAAUUUCCCACUAGCUGGUUUAACGGAAUCAUUUUCCCUGUCUCGAGCCAUGAUUCUAAGCAAGGUUAACACACCGCCUGAAGUCUUGUUUAUCGCCUUUUUAUCAUCAAUGACCCAUUUAUCCAGCCAUGUCCUGGGAAUAUUCGAUGCACAGUCAAAAUACAGACUGGCAAAUACCGGUUUCUGGGGUCUGUGUUUCAUGGCGACCAUUGUCUGGAGCGCCUUCGAAUUUGAAUUAGGAAAUCCUUCAGCACAGAGUUUGCUAAGGUUUCCCACGGUGUGUAUAAUUGGAUUUGUUCCCCACGUUCUGGUCCUAUCUGGAAUUGCGGUCUGCUUGCUGAUAUACGGUCUGGCACUCAUUUUGUCUGCUCUUGCGCCGCCAUCGUCAACGUCAAACCACACUGCAAGAUCUUGGCGAGAAAGACUAGCACAGGCUCAUGAUAAUAUGCAAGCAAACCUGUCGUUGUCGGAGAUUCGCAUAACUCGGGAGAUGGACUUUUACACUGCACUCCUCCGGACCGGAUUUGCUGCCAUCAGCAUGGCCAGUGAAGCCGUUUAUCUCAAUGAAGAUCGCGGUGUUUCACUCCAGCAGCACACUUGGUUAGAAGAAGCUCGCUUCCGCGAGAUGGAGGAAUUGCAAAGACAGGUUGUGGGAGUUGGGAUAUCUAAUUCUCAAUUUGACCUGAUUGGUACUAUCGGCCUCGUUCCGGUGAAGGAUGGAACUAUGUCUGCUACCAGCGGAUACGGCCGUGAACGUGCCGCUCAGAGAAUUUCCAGAGGACGAAGUGAAAGAACCAUUAGAGCAGGCACAGGAGCUACUGAAAGAAGCUCGAGGUGGUUCUUGGCAGUAGAGUUCUUGUUGAGCACCGGCAAGUUGACGAUGCGGGUGAGUGCCUUAGCAACCCUCUGGGCCAUAGGGAGAAUGCGAAUAAGGAGUCAGCCAACUUGGCUACUCUGGUUAGCACAACGGCCAAAACUCAGUACUGGGGAUAAGAUACCACGAAUGAGUCAUGGCACGAUUUCGGACCCUUCCAGACGUUUGAUUACCAAUGAAAGAUCGGUUUCUCGAAUGGAGACUAUGGAUGUCGAAGCUGAGUUUAGGCGCGUCAAUGCCAGUCAAGACGAGGACAGCCUUGAUGCAGAUCUAUACAAGUAUUGGUUGUCAGGAGGUUGGUGGGGAUCCAGUGAUGAAAGCGGCGAAUAUAAGCCGGACGACGAAGAUGGCUGGGAUACUACGUCUGCUAUCUCAGUUUCGACAAUAGCCAUAGAGGAUGACGGUCAAGGCAUGUUCUCGCAUUCAGAAGACAAUGAGAGCGCAACAUCCGCGAGACCUUUGUUGAAAGGAAGCUGGCGGACACCGCCCGCUGCGGAUACCGCCUUAGACAUGAGUAACCUUGCGAAAUUGCUACAUCCAGAGACCACUGAAGAGCGGGAAGAGGCACAAACGCUCUCUGCUCAUCUACUGUCCGAUACAGUAAUGACGAGAUCAGGAUUUAGACGCCAGGAGCAACUUCGACGAAGUCGUGUUCUUCGACGACCUGGAAUGGUGGUGAACAGCGGUUACAAUCAUCCGGAGGCCCGAUACAUGAGGCUGAAUCCGGAAGACGAGGAGCAAAUUUUGGAGCAAAUUCUUCUCUCACGUCGCAGCCACAGCGAGUUUCAUGCCCAUAACUCUACAACCGUACGGACCAAUUCAGGUGGCGAGGACGGCGCCAACCUGCCAUGCGUGGUUUGCCAAAGUGCAGCCCGAACGAUUAUUGUUUGGCCAUGCCGUUGUCUUAGUUUGUGCGACGAUUGUCGCGUGUCACUAGCAAUGAACAACUUUGAUAAGUGUGUUUGUUGCCGAAGGGAUGUUAUGAGCUUUAGCCGGAUUUUUGUGCCAUAA